GCUUGAUGGAGCAGAAUCUGGAAGAGUUUUUUGCAAACUGUUCGGGAGCAGGUGUAUGCAGAAUACUUUUGUGGAAACAACUAACUAGAAAUCUUCACAAAGGAAUAUAUUUGGCAAUAAUGAAUCAAACGGACAAAAAUCAACAGGAAGUCCCAUCAUACCUUCAUGAUGAACCACCAGAAGGUUCAUUAAAAGACCACCCGCAGCAGCAGCCCGGCAUGCUUUCUCGUGUGACUGGUGGCCUCUUCAGUGUCACAAAGGGAGCUGUUGGUGCCACGAUUGGGGGUGUUGCUUGGAUUGGAGGGAAGAGCUUGGAAAUUACCAAAACAGCGGUCACAUCUGUGCCUUCAAUGGGAGUGGGGCUAGUCAAAGGAAGUGUUUCUGCUGUAGCUGGAGGUGUUACAGCUGUAGGAUCUGCUGUUGCAAGUAAAGUGCCUUUAACGGGAAAGAAAAAGGAUAAGUCUGACUAAAACCAAAACUGAGACGUACUUGAUUCUUCAGAAUAUUACAUCAGUGGCAUUAAAAUCUGCUAAGAUUUGGACCAUGAGAAGCCAUGUGUCUUAGACACUUUAUCUUCUAAAGAGUUGUGCAAGUAACUCGAUUUCAUCUGAAAAGGACAGAAGCAGCUUGGCUAGCACAGCGUAUGAAGAUUUAUUAGAGCCUAGAUUGAAGCUUUGUAUCUGGUGAAAUGUUACACUUGAUAACUAUAGAAGUUAAGUGUAUCCGAAGGGAUAAUACGUAUUUGAAUAUUCAUUUACUCUAAGUCUUUUGGAGUUUUGGACUAAAAUGUGAACGUAGAAACUUGGUAGUCUCUGCUGUACCAUCAAUAUGAUGAGAUGCCAUUUACUGUUCUCAGUGGUUUCCAUAUCCUCGUGCUAAGGAUCCUUCAGCUGUCUAACAGCAUUGUUGGAUGUACCCCAAUAGUUUUGGUUAUGAAACUGCAUUUGCAGGCAGCCUGUAAACUAUCAGUGACCGCAUUCUACCAGUGCGGACUGGAGCAAAUAGAACUGGAGGUGCGCAGAAAUUGGAAAUGAGUGGGAGAUAGAAGUGAGAACGUUUGACAACAUGGUAGAAGGGAUCAUAAAGAGUAAACUAACUUAAUG